AUGUCAACAUUUUCAUUAGAUCAAAUUCAUGUUCAAUCUAUUGAUGCCUAUUAUGAUCCAAAUAGUAAAACAGAAAUAAUAGAAAAAUCUAAUUUCUUCAAAUAUAAAAGUCAACAUUUUCAUUGUCAUAUUAAAUUAAUGAUAAAUGAUGAUUGUAUAACUAAUCAACAAUAUUGGACUAUUGGUUUAGUACAAGCAUGUUAUGAAAAUUAUAUAGAAAAUUGUUAUAAUAAUUAUGGUAGUACAUUAUGGGAAUUUCAUCCAAUUAAAACAGGACGACAUCAAAUGAUUAAUGAUAGUGAUGGUAAUCAAUAUCCAUUUUAUGAUAGUUUUAAUAGUAACUAUGUAAUUCAUCAUGGUUAUAUAACAAAUAAAUUCAUUCAAUUACAUUAUAAAGAUUAUUUUUAUCCAACAAUUGCAUGGCAGUUACCAUAUUCUCAUGGUAACAGUAAUAAUGUACAAUUAACUGAGAUCAUAAGAAGACAACAAUUUUUGGUAUGGUUAAUAGCAAUAAAACAUGGUCGAAAUUAUAAAUGGAAUUCAUAUAAUCUAAUUAAUAUUGAACAAGAUGAUCUAUAUAUAUUAAAUACAAUCCAUUGGCAAUAUGAAUUACAUAUCAGAUUAGAUCCAUAUCAACCAAUUGGGAAACGUUUAAAACAUAUUGAUGAUAUCCAGUAUGAAAAACCAAUUAUAUUAGAUAAGAAUAAAAAAUUACCAUUAUCCGCCAUAAAUCCACCACAUUGUAAUGCUGCUCAAUCAUUAAUAUGGUAUCCAAAUAAUAAAAAAGAUCAACCAAAAUUAAUUAUCCCACCAAAACAAAUUAUUGUACCAUGGAAACAAUGGUUAAAUGAUAUGACAUUAAAUGAUAAUGAUGAAAUGAAAAAAUUAAAACAAUGUCAAUUUGUUGGUGAAUUAUUACAUGAUAAAAAAAUCGGUAUUAUAAAUUAUCAUAGAAAUGAUCGGAAAUUAUCAACAGAUCUUGUUAAUUUACGAUCACGUUCAAGAGGUUGA